GCGGGCCGCGGCAUUCCUCGGGCCAGUCGCGGGUUGUCAGAACGGUCGCCGCUGUAGUGGGGCGAGGCUGCGUCGCUGGGUCUUGGCGGUCUGGGGCCGGAGUAAGGAUGAAAGCGCAGAGGAUGCAGGUUGGCUGGAGGCGCAGGUAACGAAGCUAGGGUGAAUUGGGGCCGCGGCUGGGCUUCUUCCGGGACCCGUGGUGCUGAAUGGAGAGGACCGAGGCGGCGCCGAGCCGCGGCUCCUAGCGGCGGGGCCACUGUUCGAGCUGCAGCUGCCAGGCGAGGAUGUGCGGAGCCCGGACGACGCGGAGCAGCUGAGAGCCUUCGGGCCCCGGGACUCCCGGGGCCCGAAAUGAGUUAGCGAGGGCAGCCGCGGGGGGCAGUUCCUACGGUUACAGGCCAAGGCUGUGGCCGCCACCCGCCGCCCCUUCCGUGCAGAGGCCGCUAGCUCCCUUGCGCUCUUGCCCGCCGGCCCUGGAGACCAUGAGGUUCCGCAUCUACAAACGGAAGGUGCUUAUCCUGACGCUCGUGGUGGCCGCCUGCGGCUUCGUCCUCUGGAGCAGCAAUGGGCGACAAAGGAAGAACGAGGCCCUGGCCCCGCCGCUGCUGGACGCCGAGGCUGCGCGGGGUGCGGGCGGCCGGGGCGGGGACCAUCCCGCCGUGUCCGUGGGCAUCCGCAGGGUCUCCAACGAGUCGGCGGCUCCCCUGGUCCCCGCGGCCCCGCAACCCGAGGCGGACAACCAGACGCUGCGGUACCGGUCCCUGGUGUACCAACUGAACUUUGAUCAGACGCUGAGGAACGUGGAGAAGGCUGGCACCUGGGUCCCCCGGGAUCUGGUGCUGGUGGUCCAGGUGCAUAACCGGCCCGAGUACCUCAGACUGCUGCUGGACUCGCUCCGGAAAGCCCAGGGCAUUGACAACGUCCUCGUCAUCUUUAGCCACGACUUCUGGUCGACAGAGAUCAACCAGCUGAUCGCUGGAGUGGAUUUCUGUCCGGUUCUUCAGGUGUUUUUCCCUUUCAGCAUUCAGCUGUACCCCAACGAGUUUCCUGGCAGUGACCCCAGAGAUUGCCCCAGAGACCUGAAGAAGAAUGCAGCUUUGAAAUUGGGGUGCAUUAAUGCUGAGUAUCCCGAUUCCUUCGGCCAUUACAGAGAGGCCAAAUUCUCCCAAACCAAACAUCAUUGGUGGUGGAAGCUGCAUUUUGUAUGGGAAAGGGUCAAAGUUCUUCGAGAUUACUCUGGCCUUAUUCUUUUCCUGGAAGAGGAUCAUUACUUAGCCCCAGACUUUUACCAUAUCUUCAAAAAGAUGUGGAAAUUGAAGCAGAUGGAAUGUCCUGAGUGUGAUGUACUCUCACUGGGGACCUAUACUGCCAGUCGUAGUUUCUAUGACAUUGCUGACAAGGUAGAUGUGAAAACUUGGAAAUCCACAGAGCACAAUAUGGGUUUAGCCUUGACCCGGGAUGCAUAUCAGAAGCUGAUUGAGUGCACAGACACUUUCUGUACUUACGAUGAUUAUAACUGGGACUGGACUCUUCAAUAUUUGACUAUAUCUUGUCUUCCAAGAUUCUGGAAAGUGCUGGUUCCUCGAGCUCCUAGGAUCUUUCAUGCUGGAGACUGUGGUAUGCAUCACAAGAAAACAUGUAGGCCAUCCACCCAGAGUGCCCAAAUUGAGUCACUCUUAAAAAAUAAUAAACAGUUCCUGUUUCCAGAAACUCUAAUAAUCAGUGAUAAGUUUCCUAUGGUAGCCAUCUCCCCACCUAGAAAAAAUGGAGGGUGGGGAGAUAUUAGGGACCAUGAACUGUGUAAAAGCUAUAGAAGACUGCAGUAAAAAAAAAAAAAAAAAAUCACAAAAGCAAAAGUGACAGUCUUCUAUUUUUUGAUAUUUGUCUCAACGGGACAUACAAUUGAAUAAAGGAGUUUAGGAACUGGUUUCUGCUUUAAGACAAAAAAAAAUUUUUUCUUGUAAAAGGUGUCCAAAUAUAUAGUGAUCUUUUUCAGUUAUAUCUGAUUAAGAUUUAAAAUUGAAAUGGUCACUUGGGGAGUGAGGUUUAAAGUUCAUUCUGUCUGCUAAAGGUUAAUGAUUAUUGUUCAUUGAUAGGGAAAUUGCAUUUAAAUUGCAUCUGUUAAUCUUUGUAUCCAAAACUUUGUACACUUUUCCACUUUCAGAAUUUAAGUACAGCAAAAUUUAUUUAAAGCUGUCACAGCAGUAAAAAGUAUUACAAUGAAAUCAUAGAGUAUUAAUCAAACAAGCCGUUUCACUCUUGGCACAGUUAUUAGGAAGGGGUUGCUUCACUGAUUUAAUUACUCAAAAGUUAUGUGUGUUACACCCUGUCAGAACAGUCAUUUUUGGUAUUACAGAUUCCUAUACUAUUGUGUUAAAAAGAUUUGCCUGUGCUUUGGAACCUUCCUAGAACACACUUAUCUUUUGGAAUGUAUUUGAUUGACAAGAAAGUUUGAACAUUGUUUUCACCUCAAUGUAGAAAUACAGUUGUUUUGAUUUUUUUUCAUUUAGAGCUGCCAAAAUAAAUAUUCUCAUUUUUGCAUAAAAAGGUUCCUAAUCACUUUGCAGAAUGUUGUAUUUAUGCUUUAUCCUAGUAAAGGCAUUUCAGAAGUUUUGAACCCUAGCAUUACAUCUUAAUAUUUAUCAGCUAUACAUUGUAUGAGUUUAAAUAAAACCCUGCUCAUGACAAUGCA